AGAAAAUGGUUGAUACGACUCAAGAUGUUAUUUUUAACUGCUAUCCCGCCUAUCCGCGACUCCUAUACUGUCAGCAGGACGAUGACUGUACUCACCCGCUACUCAUAACUCUGGCACUGUGGCAUACCUCCUACUUAAUUACAUACUUCAAUACUACCUACCAUAAAAUUAGUCAUUUGAAUAUUAUAUGAUAGUAAUAUAAGAUUCACAGGCAGUCGAUUACAAUUAUAUACUUGUUGUUUAAUUACUUUUAUUGUCAUUUAGAGCACAGUCAAUUUAAUUGUCAUCAGGCUGACGGUUUACUUUUUGUACCCAAUAAAUAUAAUAUACUAUUUAUUUUAUAUUACAAUGGGUGUGACAAGUUUACAAAUCAUCUUUGAUAAUCCUACGGCAGUAUUUACGCCCGGCCAAUCUCUUACUGGAAGAGUAUUGGUAGCUACUAGUAGUUCUGUAAAAAUAAGAGGUAUUAAAUUGAAAUUUCGAGGAGAAGCUAAAGUUUCAUGGACUGAACAAGAAUCUCGUAGAAGCGAUAAUGGGGAAACUCAAAACUACUCUGUCAUUUAUGAUGCUGAGGAAGAAUAUUUUGAAAAUAAAAUGACUUUGGUUGGAGGCGGAGGUGAAUCGCAAUUAGAAGCAGGUGAACGGGUUUAUCCAUUUAAUAUUUCUUUACCUCAUCAGUUACCAUCAACAUUUAAUGGCGAACAUGGACAUGUUCGUUACACAGCAAAAGUUACAAUUGAUAUUCCUUGGGCAAAGGAUAAAGAAACAGAAACAACUUUUCAAGUUAUUUCUCCUUUAAAUUUAAAUGACGAACCAUCAUUAGCUGAACCCAAAAAAGAAGAAAAAGAAAAGUUUUAUUGUUGCUGUUGUUGCGAGUCUGGUCCAACCACAUUGGUAGUCUGUCUUCCUUAUAGUGGUUUUGUACCUGGACAAAUUAUACCUCUUACUGUUGAACUGGAUAACAAUAGUAAUGUAACAAUUGAUGCUGUCAAAAUUAAGUUGAAACGAGACCUAUUAUUUAAAGCAAGGCACCCUAGUGAAAAAACAAACUCUAGUUCAUCCGAGCUUGCAGUUUUACGUUUACAAGGUAUUGAAGCUCAUGCUUCUAAAACUUGGACUGAGCAAAUGAUAGUUCCAAAUAGUUUGAUGUUCUCUAAUCUAAAGUAUUGUGGAAUUAUAACUGACCAGUACAUAUUAAAUGUAGAAGCUGUUGCUGGGGGUAUGUAUGAAAACACUGACGUUAACGUGAAAAUUACAAUGGGUAAUAUUCCAUUAACUAUUGCCCAAGAUGCACCUCAAUUUGGUAUUCCAAUUCAAUCACCUAAUCAAAACGAUCCUUCAAAUGGCCAAUUCCCUACAAAUUCUAUUAAUCCUAUAAAUGUACCUGCUCCUAUACCUGGCUUCGCACAGCAAGUUCCUCCACCAUAUGGUCAACCCCCUUUUACUUCUCCAUAUCCACAACAAACAGACCCAGCACUUAUCUCUGGUCAGCCAUCGUUGUAUCCUCAAAUGCAAAUGUAUAACCAAUCUCAAUUACCUUACCCAGAUGUGAAUAUACAACAACCGGCAUUUAAUCCAUCUUAUCCUACUGCAACUGCCCCCUCUCUUUAAUCUAUAAUAAUAUGAAUUCAGCUUGCUUUCAGAUUAUUAAGGAUCUGUUAUAUGUA